CACAUAGAACAGCGAUCUCAAUAGUCAGCGUCACUUACAAAGCAAUGACAACAACAACAACGACGACGACGACGACGCUUCUGGUUGCUGUUCAGAUGAGAAAGGUUCACCUGGUCAAACUUGUUUGUUACCCUCUGUUGCCAUGGCAACACCCCGUUUUCACAUGUUCUUCCUCUUCCUUUGUCUGUCUUCCUUCACCCUCUUGCUUCUGAUCAUCCUGCUCUUCGUUGUUCCCUUUUCUUCCCAUCCUUCUCCUCCCUCACGUUGGCCGUUACCAUCCUGUGGUCCAGGUGAGUCCUGGGCUGUCCGGCUUCACGGUGGCCCACAUCAUGACAAAGAAGAUGGUGAUCAGGGCUCUGUGCACCUGGAUGUGAUAGCCAACAGGGUAGCUGAGCAGGCAGGUCUGCAGAACCAGGGCCAGAUUGGACAGUUGGAAGGCCACUACUUGCUGUGUUCUGUAAAGUCCAGUGCUGGAUCUGUGGGAGGUAUCUGGAGAAAAAAUGUCGAGCCAGGGGAAGUUCUAGGAGCCGACCCUCAUGUCCUGUGGUACUCCCAAGAGAGAGUGCUCAGUCGCUCGAAGAGAUCACUGGCCUUCAAUGACCCCAGCUACCCCCAACAGUGGCACCUGCACAAUGACAUCAAUAAGGGUAUGGAUAUCAACGUGACAGGGGUGUGGGAGCACAACAUCACUGGCAGAGGUGUCACAGUGGUGGUGGUAGAUGAUGGGGUGGAACACACCCACCAGGACAUUCAUUCCAACUAUAGUCCAGAGGGAAGUUAUGACCUGAAUUCCAAUGAUCCAGACCCCAUGCCUCAUCCAGACGUGCACAGCGACAACCACCACGGGACACGAUGUGCUGGAGAGAUUGCAGCUGUUCCUAACAACAGUUUUUGUGCUGUGGGGGUGGCCUAUGGCAGUAAGGUGGCAGGUAUCAGAGUCCUGGACGGCCCACUGACAGACAGUCUCGAGGCCAUAGCCUUCAACAAGCACUACCAGGUCAAUGACAUCUACAGCUGCAGUUGGGGUCCUGAUGAUGAUGGACACACAGUGGACGGACCUCAUCCCCUAGGCAAGGCAGCACUGCAGCAUGGGGUGAUUGCAGGCAGACGAGGCUUUGGCAGCAUCUUUGUGGUUGCCAGUGGAAAUGGAGGUCAGUACGAUGACAACUGCAACUAUGACGGCUAUGCCAAUUCCAUCUACACCAUCACAAUCGGAGCGGUUGAUGAGGAAGGCAGGAUGCCCUUCUAUGCUGAGGAAUGCGCGUCAAUGCUGGCUGUCACUUUCAGCAGCGGGAGGAACAAGCUGAGGAGCAUUGUGACGUCAGACUGGUCCAUGCAGCAGGGAACGGGCUGUACGGAAAGCCACACUGGCACGUCUGCCGCAGCCCCCCUGGCAGCAGGACUGGUGGACCUCAUGUGCAGGUCCUGGAGGGACGUUCAGCACAUCAUUGCUUAUACUGCCACCACGUGUGACAACAGUGCAGACUGGAGGGUGAAUGGAGCUGGUUUCCAUCACAGUCACCAGCAUGGCUUUGGUCUGCUCAGUGCUUGGAGACUAGUCAAUGCUGCCAAGGUGUGGGAGUCGGUGCCAUACCUUGUGUCCUAUCAGAGCUCAGUGAUUAAAGAGGAAGUGUCCAUCCUGACUUAUCCGGAUGAGCUGAUCCAUAGCUGGAAAGUCUCUGCUGAGGACCUGAGACAGUCUGGAAUGGAGACACUGGAGCACAUAGCUGUUACCGUGACGAUAACCCACCCUUGCCGUGGCAACUUGGAGAUUGUUUUGGUUUGCCCCAGUGGUAUGACAUCAAUCAUCGGGGCACGCCGUGUCAUCGACAAUGACCCUGCAGGCUACCAGGACUGGACUUUCUCCACUGUGCGCUGCUGGGGAGAGAGAGCUGAAGGCCAGUACACCCUCAAGAUAUCUGACCACAAAGAGCCGUCAUCUGAGCAGUGUGCUGCUGUGGGAAUGUUGAAGCAGAGGAAGUUGACCCUGUAUGGCUCCUCUAUGACCUUCAGUGAGGUGAAGCUCAGACAGAAACUGGUGGAGGAGGCUAUGAGUGGCAAAUAUCUGGACAGCAGUUUCUCUCUGCCCUGCCAUCCAGGCCUAGACAUCCCUCCAGAGAUCAUCAGCCCCUUCACUUCCAACAGUCUUAAGUUCCUGCUGUUACUGGGCUGCUUUGCUCUCUUUUGGUCUCUCUACUACACACUGGAGGUCACACUGGCCCACCUGGCCCCCUUGGGCUUUCUGUGCUGGAGCAGGAGACAGGGAGGUCACCAGGCCAAGAGGGGGCCCCGAAGGAGAGGGGUGGAGGAGGCACUGAUAGAGGAAGAGGAGGAGAAUGGGGAGGAAGAUGAGUGGGACUCUGGGGUGGAGUUGACUGCAGUGCUGGACUGUGAAGCCAAGUCGCUGCUUUUCAAUGGAGAACAGCAGAUUGCAUAGCAGUGAGCCAGAUGAUGGUUCUAAAAUCUCUUUGUGUCUGAGUUCAGAGGACAUCUCAGGCUUUCACCUUCUGCGCCUCACCCACUCCUAUACUGUUUCUGACCCAGCAUUAACCAACAUUAACUGUGGUGAUGCCGGUGACAAAGUACAUUGCAGAUGAACUUGGACUCUUUGCUCCUCCUCUGCAUUCCCCAACAUGUGGCCUUCUUUGAAAAUCUGUGUUUAUGCUGUGUGUGUGUGUAUAUUGUAUGCCUGUCCCCUUAACCGAUAUUCUCACAAGGACACAAAAGAUGAGGAAAAUCUUCAAAAGUGAGAAUAUUUUCCCAGUCCUGGGGUUAAAAUCCCCAUCAGGAUUAGGUUUGUAUUAAGAGUGCAGGUCAGACAUGAUAGAGUUUAAUGUACCAGUGUAAUUGCAUGUGUGAAAGUGUGCAUACAGGUUUAUCUGUGUGUAAAUCUCCACCAGCUGAGUUUAGGACUGGGUGGACUGUACAAACAUCUGUGCGGUCUUUCAACAACAAGAUUGAUAAAAACAUGAUGUGCGCUGUAGAAGGGUACAAAUCUGCUGUUUCAGUGUGUGAAUGAGUUUGUACUUCCUUUAGUGUAUGUGUGUUGUGACAUGAGUGGGUGUGUCUGAAAUAUACUGUACAGGGUCUUCCAUGAAGAAGUCCUCAAAUAUAUUAAGAAGGUGCUGAUGUAUUUUAAGAAUGGGAUUUAUUUUCUGAGGUGUUAUUUAAUAUUAAGAUUGGGGUUAUUAUCUGUGGCUUAUCAACCAACUACUGAUAAAAACUUGAAGUGGGAUUUACAUAUGUAUUUUUUAUGAAGUGCAAUAUACACACAGUGUGUGCCUCCAGGACAGAUAUAUACCGAUUUAUACAAAGCCUUUUAAGAGAUAAAGAAUUCUAAUUUUUUAAAUGUAAAGGAGUGUUUGAAGUGAAGUUGGAAACUGUGUUUUGCCGUGCAAGUCACAGAUUAUCUAGAUGAUAAUAAAAGGCUACUGAUGGA